AAGAAGAAGAAGAAGAAGAAGAAGAAGAAGAAGAAGAAGAAGAAGAAGAAGAAGAAGAAGAAGAAGAAGAAGAAGAAGAAGAAGGCGGAGAGUCUGAGCAAAGAGGGUGUUGAGAUCUUAUCAGAAAAACCAAAAGAGGAGGGGUGAGAAAGAGGAAGGUGGAGACGGAGACGAAGCUCGGUACAAGUCAGCCGCUGGUGUUCGGAAACGCUCUUCUUGUCUUUUCUUUCCUGGAGCAUUGGUGCAUUUCUGUAGAGACACAUGAUCGAAACACAGCUGCGCAGCCGGAGCUCUGAUGUCUCUCUGGAGUCACUUUACACACAUCUGCGGACCACUCGACUGGAGGAUUUUCUGAGGGAGUCGAGUUGUAAACAUGAUGUGAACAGCUCCUUCAUUUAGACUUUCUAAAACCCUUCUUUGAAAGAGUUUUUGGAUGACUUUUUUUUUGGAACAAGACUUUAAGAGAGAGAUUUCCCCUCAGACUGCCUGGAUUCAAACUCACUUUGAAGGAUUUGUUUGCACAGAAACGUUAAGCAUUUAUUGUAAAAGCUUCCUUUGGAUUGUCUGAGACUCAAAACCAUUUUUUAAUAUUUUUUGUGACUGUUUUUGUGACAAGACUUUAAAUCUGUACUGAGAAAGCUUCCCCUCAGACUGUCUAGGAUUCAAACACAUUUACUGCAAAAGCUUCCCUUGGAUUGAAUGGGAUUCAAACCAAUGUUUAAGGAAUUUUUAGAGACUUUUUUUACUAUUUUCUCAGAUGGUCUGGGAUUCAAACUCGAGCAGGAUUACAGGAAGAGCUUCUCUGCUCCGUGGAACUUACAGAAAUCUCCAGUUUUCAGGAUUUGAAGGCGACUCCUGAGGAAACAUGGAGGCUGAGUGUCUCUGUGAGCGCGCAGUGUGAGGACCAGGAAGAAGAUGAUGAAGAUGAUGUUGAAGACCGAUGUGAUGCCCGUGCCAUGCUGAGGGGGGCGUUAUUUCUCGUGAGUGUGUCUCUGUGUCUCGUCUGUCUGACCGCCGCGCCGGCCAGGAACUGCUCUAUAGACCUCCAAACCAAUGUCGGGAAACUCCUAAUGAAAGCCAAAGAACUGAAAUCGUUGGAGUGCGAACUGUACACACCCACCGUUGAUCAAUACAAGAAUUGCUCCCAGUCGACCAUGAACUGUUUGAUUAACGAAAUUAACGUCCUGUUCUUGGAGUGGGAAGCAGCCGAUCUCUCCAACAUCAGCAAACACAAAACAGCGAUGUUCAGCAUUCUUGAUUCAUUUGGUGAAAUGAUUCCAGAGAGAGACUGUCCUAAGUGUGAAAGCCUCGAGGUGGAAAACGCAGAGACGUUCCUGGCAGGGCUCCAAUCUAUUCUUCAGUUUAUGUGCACCAUUUCAUUUAAAGCUGGAAGAAACGAAGCAUCAUUCUGGAGGAGAAACCUGAUUGGGACGCAGUAACAUUGAAGAGUCAACGCUCUGCAUAUCUUACACUUCAGAUGAAGACAGAACAAUUUUGCAGAUGGAAAAUGUGUCGUCAUCUGCAUGAUCACUUCUAAUCCAAAUCCAUAUUUGGAAGAAUGGACAGAAACCUAGUAUCAAUAAAAAAUGAAUUUACACAUCU